UCUCUGUCCCUCUGUCUCCGUGUCUUUCUGUCUCUCUGUCCCUCUGUCUUUCUGUCCUCACCAAACAAAUGCAGCCUCCCUCCAUUCAGCCCCAUCCUUUUGAUGUCUUUGUGCUGAUGCCACUCUGCCAAUAUAACCUCUUUGUAUUAGUUUCUCACACACACACACACACACACACAUAUAUGUCUUCGUCUCCUUGUCCUGGCAUGGACUGAAUAGCCUGUUACCCCUGGAGACUGAGGUAGUUUCUGAUUGGUUGGUUUAGGGACCCUCCUCCCACUUCUCUCUUGGAUGGUUUCUAAGACUAUUUUUCAAGUUACUGAACAUUCAUUCAUUCAUUCAUUAUCCAAACCGCUUAUCCUGUUCAGGGUCAGGAACAGUCCAACCAAACUAAUCUCCUAUUUAGAAACAUAUAGCUGUAUAAGGCAACACAACAGCACACCCUUCAACGUUUCUUUAAAUAUGUAUCAGUUACUUUUCCUAACAUUUACCACUUAGAAUUCCACAUGACCCACAAGACGGAGAGAACGCAGACAGAAGGUUUUCUUCUGUCCGUUACUUUUGUUUUUACAUUAGAACCUGACAUUACCUACAACACUUUUAAAAUGAAGACUCCAGAGACGGCUUUGUUUCCUGUAAUUCAUCCCCCGAGCUACAGGAGCCACAGAGCGUCUCGCUCAUCAUAACAUCGACCCAUCUGAUCAGAGAUCCAGAGAUAAUCCAGAGAUCACAUGAUCAUAGUUACUGUGUUUCUAAAUCUCUACCUCAAUCUAACUCAAAGCUUUCUGAAAGGGGGACACUGUGAGUAGUUGAAGAAGAUCAAGGGCUUUGUGAUUUUAGAUGCUGUGUGUGCAGGUUAUUUAUCUGUGUGUGCAGAGCUCCUGGUGUACUCAGGAUGGAGCUCCUAACCGCUGUCCUAAGCCUAGUUUACAUGAUAUUAUUAAUAAGUGUAUCAUUUUGUCCUCGCUCUAUGUCUCUUGGUCUUACUGGCAUUCCUAAAUGAUAGAUUUCUUUUUUUUUUUGUUUGAUAUUAUGAAAUUGUAAUUGUUAUGUUUGUCAUGUUUCAUUUGUGAAGAUCUUACCAAUCUGUUUGUAUUGUACUUUUAUUCCACUCCCACCUACCUUACUCUGCUUUUAAAACCUCGUGUCUGAUAUCUGGUGGAGAGGCUCUUGGUGGACUAUUGAAGAAGCUCAUUGGGACAAAGUAAUAACUAUCACACAUUUUGCUUAUUUCAGGUACCAUCCGUCCGGUGCGGAGGAGUUUCUAUGACCCAGUCUCGGCCCCAGGUCAGGGCUGGCAGUGGGAGUGGGAAAACGAUGGGGGUACGUGGACGGCCUACGACAUGGAGGUGGCCAUUGCCAUCGAGAACGCCCACAGUCGGCAGCAGCCCUGCCUCGACCUGACACCCCUCGGCUUCUGCUACCUCAUUGAUUUUCACAACAUGACACAGGUGAACAGACAGAGCCAGAGGUGUCGGAGGCUCCAGAGACGUGCUGACAUGUCCUACCCUCUAGUGUCCGGCCCCCUCCCAAUACCCAAAGGAGGAGGCCUAACAGGAGCCCUGCUUGGUGUUGGGGUGUCAGGGGCCAGCAUGGGGAUUGGAAGCUCUGUCUCCCCCAAUGGACCAACUACUGGACUGGGCCAGCCUUGUUCCUGCCAGCAGUGCAUGCUGGUCUUCAGUGUGAAGAACAAUACAGGAGGAGCAGGGAUACAGACUCUAGGUAGACGCUCACUAACCAUGCAGCGGCCCAAGAACUCAGCGCUGGUCUCCUCUAAACCUCUGAGCCCGUCUAAGUCCGCCACUCUGGGGCGAGGACAGCAGCAGAACUCAAACUCAAACUCCAACUACUAUCAGACGCUGCCGCACGGGCUCGCCAUCUCCAGAAACACCGCCUCUCCGAGAAGGAACGCCCAGCUCUUCGCUCAGUCGCUGGCCGCCCUCACCGUGGGCACCUCCUCUCUGGGUAUCUCCUUGUCUUCCAAUAGGCCGCCUCCGCCCUCCCUCCCGCCUCCUCAGCCUCCGUCAUCCAAACCGAACCUGAUCCCUCCGUCCAUUCCCGCCAAGCACUCCUCAUCUUCAGCCAACGAAUCAGUGCCAACCGCCACAUUGGUCUCCCCUGCCAACAGCGUGACCACGCCCCCCUCUCCUGUGCCAUCUCCGUCGCCAAUGGUGAUGAAGCCGCAGCGCACGCUGUCAUCUGCAGCGACAGUGUGCCAUGCCCCUCUGCCACAGAGAUCAAGCUUAGCCGGGCUGAGCAGACCAGCGUUACAGAGGAUUGCGAUGGCUCAGUCCAGAGCGCUCAUAGCAUCAGGGUGAGUAAAUCAAACAGACCCACCACAGGACCGCUGACUGUCGAAGUACACACACAACACCAGCAGCUUCAUUAACCUCUUAAGCUCGGGCCCUAUUUGUAGGCCUCUGCUCGAAAA